AUGGGUAAAAGUGUGCAAUAUGUAGUAGCACUAAAUCGUCUCCUGAAUAUGAGCCGGUAUACCAAGACGGUGAUAUGGACUCAAAAGUUGGUGAAGAAGACCUCCGACGGUGAGUAUGCCUAUAGACAGAGAAAAGAGAGUCGACUUUGCGAACAAGGAUCAUAUCAGCAUAGAUACUACGCUACUCCUGUGGAUGGCCAGCCCAAUGAACAGCAACCGCAUCCAUCUACGGAUAAUCCAGAAUUAAUCGAAUUACUGCACUCUUAUCCAGUAGAGCACGGAUCGUCUCCAUAUGUGGUUAUGGGAUUCAAGAGCGAACGUGAAUUUCAACUUGGCUCAUUAAAGAAGCGGUUCCAUCAACUAGCAAAAAUCUAUCAUCCGGAUUCCUCUGCGUUUGACGGAUGCUCUCUAUCUAAACAUAAGUUCUUUACAACAAAUGGUGAAAGAAAGUCAGAAGAAAGUAAAUUAACCGACCCGGUCAAGGAAAAACGGUUCAAAAGAAUCCUUUCUGCUUACACACUUCUCAGAAAUCCUCUUAUGAGGUCCAACUACGAUAACUAUCAAAUCGGUUGGGAAGACAACUCACAGUUGCUACACAGGUCACCUGAUCCGAAUUUUCACAGCCCCAAUAGUGCAUUCUAUCAACAUAUGCAUCAUCAGAGGUACAAUUCUCAUGGAAAUACGGGUACCUGGGAGGACUAUUGGGACACGCGUGGCGCCACGUAUGGAUUCCAAGGUGAUAAGACAUGGCAGGCUGAGGGAGAAACGUUUUACGAGCAAUUCUACAACAAUAGGAAGAACAUUUUCAUCUCGAUGACGCUAUUCGUUGCCGCCUAUGCCGCAUUACAGGCAACACAUCUUUAUUUAUUUGAAGACUACAUUGGACAGAACUCCAGUGAAACCUUUGCGUCUGAGGAGUUGCAAGAAAAGUCCGAGAAGGAUUUGGCUGAUGCUCAUAUCAACUUCGGCUUAGGUCUUACCAAAGAUGAUCGCAUAAACCGAUUUCUUUGGUUCCGAAAAAUCAGUACGCUACUCAGCCUAGGAGACCUGAAUGAAAUUAUGGAACAUCUCCGUGAUCAAAGGUUGCUCAUAAGGGAUGAAGAGACCGGCAGGGUGAGGAUGCGUGAGUAUCACAAUGAAAAGUUGGCCAAACAGAGAAGACAGAAGGUUGCGAGAGACAAUGCCGAUGUUGCCAGACCAAUCGACGCCAAAUGA